UGUGUUAGUAGAGAUACUGUCAUAAUCUUGCAUUGCCGAGUACGUUACGCAGAUACAAGAUGGUUAAAACUUUUCUACCAACUUAAAAUAAAAAGAUGUCGACGAUGACGAAGCUAAAGCCUAUUAGUACUCCUCUCCUCUAGGUGGCGGUGCAGUAGUUUUAUAGCACAAUCAACGCAAUUGUUAGCCAGCACAAAUAACCGAAGUAGAAGCUUUGUAAACGUCACCAACGUAGUAUCCGUUGUUCACUAGUUGGCGGAAUAUUUAAAUUCAGAAAUAGGAUAAAAUUGCCGAGUUAUUGUAAGCGGCAGUGUAACGAAAAUUUUGUUCUUUCUGUUUUAUAUAUUCAUUUAAUAAAGAUUGUAGUAUAUAGAGAACAUUUCGUUCGCUUGUGGCAUUAACCUAUUAGCGCGCGCUGCGUACUAGUAUCUCCGCUCUGUUGUUUUUCUCUUUUUCAUUAUUCAUUUACCAAAUAGUCAGUUACUGCGGGUAUAUGUGUGUGUGGUGUUUUGCUACGUGAACAGCCCAGUUUGUAUUAUUUACUCUAAAGCUGGUAUUGUUUAUCAUCCCGCGUUACGGGAAUUUCAGCGCCCCCUUGUUCCUCCUGUCGUCCGCUGAUUAAUACAUUGACGGUGAUUAAUACAUUGACAUCGCGUGUGUUUUCUAUGUCUGUGUUUUUAACAAUAAUUAAAAUUAUUUAAAUCGUAGAUAUUGGGUAUUUGCUCGGAAAAUACAGGAAACUAGUAUUGCUUGUAGAACUUAACCUAUGUGUGUGUAUGUAUUUACAUGUAUGUGUGUUAUGUGACAAUCGAUGUGAUAGUCUUUAUCUUAAUUGUAACAACUUACUCCUUAUAUUUAUCAACUACUAUUGACAGCGAUGUAUUUGCAAGCAUUCAUACAUUCUGUUAAAUAUCGUGAUGGAUGGUUUCCUAUGGUGAUUCAGAAAUUACAGGACACCAGUUUGGUCUGUUUACAUGGAAUUGCGUAGGUCGCUUUUUCAGCCAUCAGUAAUUUUUCUGCAUAGAUGUGAAGGGGGAACAUAAUUAUCUUAAGCCUAAAAUAUAGGUUUCCCCCCCUGCUAAAACACGCGCAGCAACUUUGGACCUCAAUACUAAUAAACUAGCUUAUGCACAUGUAAUUAUGUAUCUGAAUGACUUUCAGCUAUCCCGCAUAUUACUUUGCCCAAAUAGGAAGGGGAAACAUUAUUUCCUAAUAUCCAGGAUAUUUGGUUCCCCCUGCUAAAAGAUAUGCAGCAUGUUGGAUGUCAAGACAUUGAAAUGACUGAAACCAUCUAACUAUAACGUAGUGAAUGGUGUAAUGACUUCAAAUCAGUGCACAAAAGGGGGAACGUGGGGGGGCAGGAAAGAAUUUCCCGUAAUACUGAUCCUGUUUUAUAAUUGCCCCCUUUCUGCGUCUAUACCAUAUAUACCAUAUUGUUGCUAAUAGCUUCAUUUGAGGAUUUGCCUUAUCUGAGUCUACUGUAGCUUAAGUGCCUCUGAAAUUAAAGCGUAUGUAAAAGCGUGCCCGUACCGGGAGCCCUUCUCUUCAUUAAUAGGACGAACAAUGAACCAGGCGUCCAAUAGCCGACAGUCGGAGUUACCCCACAGAGUGGCUGACAGCAGGACGAGCAUCAUCAACGCUACACCACAAAGCAAAGACUCUGCUUUCGGAAAGCUGAACAUCCCGAAACCACAGUCUGGGACGUCUGACAGGAGAACCAGUUUUUUCGGGAAAAGAGCUAGUGGGGCAGGAAUGUCCCGUAACAGCACUUUUGGAGCUUUUGGGGGUGUGGAAAAGAUUAAGGAUCCUCGACCCCUCCAUGACAAGUCUUUCAUCCAGCAGUGUAUCAAAGACCUCUGUGAGUUCCUGUCGGAGAGGGGAUUCCCCGGAACAAUAACAGUCAAGUCCCUCCAGUCCCCCUCCACCAAAGAGUUCUUGAAGAUCUUUGAGUUCAUCUGCAGCUUAAUUGAUCCCACUUUUCAGAUGCCAACAUCCAAAGUUGAGGAGGAGGUUCCUAGAAUAUUCAGAGAUUGGGGGUAUCCUUUUCCCCUGUCUAAGAGCUCCAUGUACUCUGUCGGGGCUCCUCACACGUGGCCACAGUUCCUUGGGGCAUUAGUCUGGCUCAUCGAUAUGGUAAAGAUGUACUUCCAUAUGCGGGAACAAGACCUUCUCUUCUCUAAUUUCUCAGAAGACUGCUCAGAUAUAGAGAAUGGAGCUGAGUUCAAUAAGCUGUUUCUCGAGUACUCUGCAGAAACCUACAAGUCUUUCAUGCAUGGAGCAGACACAUUUGAGGAAGCGGACCAGGCAUACAUUGCUAAGCUGAAGGAACUUUACAAAGUUGACGAGGCCCAGCUGGAGACAUUGGCUGAAAAGUACAGAAUCAUUAGUGAAGAGGUAGAGAGACUGGAGAAAGAAAGUCAGACGGACCGACUGAUGGUUAAACGAACAGAGAAGCUGAGACUGCAGACGGACUUGCAGAAGCUUCAAAACUAUAACGGUGAAAUGGAGUCCUUCAGAGCGGCCCUCGAGAACAAAGCGGCUGGGUUAUCUGAGGAGCUGGAAGCUACAGAGCUGCAGGUGGAAAGCUUGAAACAGGAGCAGGCCAGGCUGCAGCACAUUCUGCUGAACCAGAAGUUUUCCCCAGCUGACGUUGAAAGGAUCAACAGGGAGAGAAAUGAGCUCCAGCAGACCAUUGCCAGCCUGAGCACAAACUUGGAGGAGGCUGAGCAGCACAUGUGGAAUGAAGAGAUUGCCUUCGCAAAGGUCAAGGAAGAGGCUGAAGCUGAACUGGUAGAGUACCACAGCCUUGCUCGCAAGCUGAAGCUGAUUCCUGCAUCUGCAGAGAAUGCCUGCGGGAGAGAUUUUGAGAUCAAAGUCACUGCAGCUGACUGCGGUCUUUCAGCUGUGGCCCACUACAAAGUGCAAAUUCAAAAUCCUCUUAAGAAGAUGAUUUCUGAAGUUGAGGAGGAGACUGGAUUACUCUUAAAUAAAAAAUUAAGCCUCCAGGAAGCAGUGGAACAGAUUAGGUCCAAUGUGGAAGACAAAACCAAUGAGAUUAAAGACCUGAAGGAGCAAAUUCGCAAACUGGAUGAGCAGCUCGAGCUGGGAAUGCAGGAAACGGCCCGUGAGGAGGAGAAAUGGGCUUCGGAGGUAGAAUCGAUGGACAACCACAAGAAGGUGCUGGAGAGAAAGCUGAACGAUGGCUAUGACCAGGCUCUGGAGCAGCUUAAAGCAGCCCAGCAACAGUAUCACCUGGUGCUGCAAGAAACCAAUGAGCAGCGGCGUACUGUGGUGAACAAUCUCUACAGCUUGUUCACCACAGCCACAGACCACCUGUCACGUGUGGAGAAAUUCUUGGAUGACCAGAAUAAAAGGAUGGACAGAGUAUAUAAGAAGAGCCUUCAGGAGGAGGAGGCAGAGCUCAAAGAGCUGAGAGACAUGGUGGAGAGCUAUAUCGCCAAGGCCGAGGAUUUGUGAUGUCAUUCCUUUUAACCACUUGUGGGUGAGGAUAGGUGGUAGUUCACUAGUGGGUUAUCUUUUUCUAAAAUAAAAAUGUGCUACAA